AUAAUUCUAGAAGAAAUAAAUUAAGUAAUUAAGUGAUAACACGGAUUACUUGGCGCUUCAAUCUGAAUUCAAAUUCCCGCGACUCAUCCAAGCACACAAUACACACUUCUCUCCGUAUCUGUAAACCCUUAAUCCCAAAAUUCAAAAUCCCUAAUCCUCUUUUUAUGAUUUUCCCCCUUUCAACAAUCAUCCGUUUCGGUAAAUAUCUGUAAGCAAGCUUCCCCAUUCAUUUGUUGGAAAUGGCGUCUCCUUAUUGUCGCAAGGAGAAAUCUCUCGGCCGCUUAUGCACCAAUUUCUUCAAGUUGUACAAUCGUGAAGGUGUGGACACUAUCGGAUUGGACGCUGCUGCUCUUCAGUUGGGUGUAGAACGACGAAGAAUAUAUGACAUUGUAAAUAUUUUGGAGGGCAUUGGGGUUCUGCAGAAGAAAGCUAAGAAUCAGUAUACUUGGAAGGGUUUUGGUGCAAUUCCCGAGGCCUUGAAAGUCCUCAAGGAACAAGGACUAAAGGAGGAGUUUGGUACCUAUGUUGCUAAUGUCUCAAAUCAGAAGAAAUAUGCCCUACCUUCCGACUCGAAAACUGAGUGGCAAGACAAAUGUUCGGAAUCAGAUAAAAGUGAACACAAGAGGCAAAAGUCAUUGGGACUUCUGACGCAAAAUUUUGUCAAGCUUUUCCUUUGUUCUGAUAUGGAAUUAAUCUCACUCGACGAGGCUGCAUUAGCUUUGCUAUGGGAUGGCCAUGAUGAAAAAGCUUUGAGAACGAAGUCCAGACGCUUGUAUGAUAUUGCAAAUGUGUUUUCGUCUAUGAAACUUAUUGAAAAGGUUUGCUCUGAGAUUGGAAAAUCGGCAUAUAGGUGGAUAGACAUGGAAAGUUGUGGAGAUGGGCUAUCUAUUGCACCGGAUGCGAAAAAUACCAAGAGGAGAGCAUUUGGGACCGAGAUCACUAAUACGUUGGUAAAAAGAUGCAAUACCUCCUCAACUGAUUGGAAACUAAUCGAGAAAGUAAAUAUGGGAAUACAUUCGAAAGACAACUCAAAAGCUGUACAAGAGGAGGUAUUAACCGAGCAGCAUCAGAAUUAUGGCACAAAGGAUUUUGUAUUCGGCCCCUUCACUCCAAAUGUAACCAAAUCAGAGGCUCGUGAAAACAAGAAUGGUGGGCAGAAUCAGGACUGGCAGAAUCUAUUCCGGGAUUAUCGACCACAGUAUUGCAACCAAGGUGCUCGUUAAGUGUUUUCGUAGCUCAAUCUUCCGACAUGGAACUCCUGGUAUGUUGAGGCCAAGGAUAAGCAGCAGAUUGAACCCGGAUCCUGAUGUACAUUCGACUUUAAUUUUCGCGGCACUUGAUACCUCGUCAAGGAUAAAGAAUUCUAUCGUCGUUUUUUUCUUUGUCUGGAAUCUGUGAUGUUUAAAUUCACAGCCAUUACAUUUCUGUACUUUUGCAUUCAAAAACAUGUUUUUUGCUACUUUUCUCUCAUUUCGUAAUUCUGCGGGCACAGUUCAUUUA